AUGGCUCUUGCUACAAAAAUUCGUAUUUGUGGAAAAUAUCAUUUAAAAGGUUUGGCGGCAUGCCUUCAAUAUUCAACAGUAGCUUCAACAACAAAUCUCAAAGAGGCACUGGCGCAAAAAAUUUCACUUCAUAACGAGAAAGUCCGAGAAUUUCGAAAACAGCAUGGUUCAACGGUAAUUCAAAAUGUAACUGUGGAUAUGCUUUAUGGUGGAAUGAGAACUUUGAAGGCGCUAGUAACUGAGACAUCAGUGUUAGAUCCGGAAGAAGGUAUACGUUUUCGUGGUUAUUCUAUACCGGAAUGCCAAAAAAUGUUACCUAAGGCAAAAGGGGGUGAGGAACCACUACCGGAAGGGAUUUGGUGGCUGUUAUGCACUGGUGAUAUUCCCACUGAAGCGCAGACUACAGCAAUCAGUAAGGAAUGGGCUGCUCAUGCGGAUUUGCCGAAGCAUGUCGAACAAAUGAUCUGUAAUUUUCCGAACAAUUUACACCCUAUGGCGCAAUUUGUUUCGGCUAUCGCUGCUCUUAACUGCGAAAGUAAAUUUGCCGAAGCUUAUAGUAAGGGAGUAAAAAAAGCGACAUAUUGGGAGUUUGUAUACGAUGAUGCUAUGAGACUUCUUGCAAAAUUACCUACAAUUGCUGCACUUAUUUACCGAAAUUUAUACAAAGAUGGUACAUUAGCAAGUGUAGUUAACUCAUCGGAUGAUUGGUCUGCCAAUUUUACAUCAAUGCUUGGUUUCAAGGAUCCAAAAUUCACUGAACUUAUGCGCUUAUAUCUCACAAUCCAUAGCGAUCACGAAGGCGGUAAUGUUUCAGCGCAUACGUCACAUUUAGUCAGCUCUGCUUUGUCAGAUCCGUAUCUGUCGUUCUCCGCUGCUAUGGCUGGGCUUGCUGGACCGCUGCAUGGCCUGGCUAAUCAAGAGGUGCUGAUAUUCUUAACAAAAUGCAGAAAAGAAUUAGGCGAUAAUUACACUGAUCAACAGUUAUGCGACUGGAUAUGGAAUCAUUUGCAGAGUGGGCAGGUAGUGCCGGGUUACGGUCAUGCUGUGCUGCGUAAAACAGACCCACGAUACACCUGUCAGCGAGAGUUUGCCUUGAAACAUCUUCCGAAAGACCCAAUGUUCCAUCUUGUUUCGAAGCUCUACGAAUUUACGCCUGAUAUUCUUUUGAAACAAGGAAAGGCUAAAAAUCCAUGGCCCAAUGUGGAUGCGCAUUCUGGAGUUCUGCUCCAAUAUUAUGGUAUGAAAGAGAUGUCUUUCUAUACGGUGCUUUUUGGUGUAUCACGUGCACUCGGAUGUUUAUCGCAGAUGAUAUGGUCUCGUGCUAUGGGCUUGCCACUCGAACGUCCCAAAUCUCACUCAACUGAUGGUUUGAUAAAGUUGGUUGAUAAAAAGUAA